AUGUCUUCACCGACAAAGCGGGGGACACGUUCCUCAAAACAAUCGACAGCAUCGCCGGUCUCAUCGGCCCGAUCAACUCGGUCAACUCGAUCGGCUCGCGAACCUCCUAGCAGCCCGACUCGCCAAGCCACCCCCCGCGCUGCCAGACAGUUGACCGCUGAAGGAAAUGGUCUAUCGUCAUCGCCGAUGGCCUACCAGUCAUCGCCUAUCAGAGGACGCCGAGAUACAGAGACUCCAGAUGUUCGCAUGGACGAAGCCAGCUCCCAAGUUGAUGAUGGGGAUAGAACCCCUCGCGCUGUUCAAAGCGGGAUUCGAGACUCAUCGCCGAUCAAUUACAUCGCCAGCUCUAGCCCCGCCCCUGGUUAUGGCCGAACAGAUAUUCGUUCCGACAUCCGCUCCGAUGCUCUGAGCGAAAGCAGUGCGCUCUUUGUAUCGCCAAGUCACGGUCGCCGGGCUGCUCCUCGUCGAAGCGAUCUUCACUCUGGUGGAUUUGGCUCAACUCCUGCUCGCCGCAACCGCAUUUUCGUCGGUGCCAAUGGCAUCCCCUCCGAAGACAAUGCUCCUCGCUCCGACGCCACGUUCUCUAACAUCAACCCCGGCACCUCGGAGGCUGAGGCUAUUGCCGGUAACUCCUCGCGUGUCAUUUGGGGUACCAACAUUUCGAUCCAGGAUUCUAUGUCCGCUUUCAAAAACUUCUUGUACAACUUUGCUACGAAAUAUCGCCUGUGGGCCGAUGGCGCUUCUGAAGACGAGACAAGGAUCCUGGGUGCGGUGGCAGAGAGGCGCGAGUAUAUUACCAUGCUUAACGACAUGCGCCGUCUCGGUAUGACGACCUUCAACCUGGAUGCCAGGAAUUUGAAGUCCUACCCCCUGACCUUGAAGCUCUGGCACCAGCUGUCCGCAUAUCCUCAAGAAAUUAUUCCUUUGAUGGAUCAGGCGGUCAAGGAUGUGAUGGUUGAUUUAGCUCUCAAGGAGAUGGACGUCCUGCGGUCGGAGAUCCAGCGUGGUGCUCAAUCCCGGGACCGUCGUGGCCAGUCCAUCCUUACAUCCGAUGGCAUCGUUCAGCCAGCUGAUGUUCCCGACUUGAUUGGUGAAGUUGAGGCCGUAUCCUACAAAGUGCUCCCAUUCGGUCUUGAUGAGACCGUGAAUAUGAGAGACCUCGACCCGGCUGAUAUGGAUAAGCUCGUUAGCAUCAAGGGUCUAGUUAUUCGGACUACCCCCAUCAUUCCCGACAUGAAGGAGGCUUUCUUCCGCUGCAGCGUUUGCAGUUUCGGUGUCCAAGUUGACAUUGACCGUGGUCGUAUCGCGGAGCCCACUAUGUGUCCCCGUGAUAGCUGUAAAUCGAAAAACUCGAUGCAGCUGAUUCACAACCGAUGCUCAUUCUCAGACAAGCAGGUUAUCAAGUUACAAGAAACACCCGAUAAUGUUCCUGACGGCCAGACACCUCACUCCGUCUCUCUUUGCGUUUACGAUGAACUCGUGGACAUUUGCAAGGCUGGUGAUCGUGUCGAGGUGACAGGUAUCUUCCGCUGUAACCCGAUGCGUGUGAGUGCUCGUCAGCGCUCCCAGAAGGCCCUCUUCAAGACAUACAUCGAUGUUCUUCACGUUCAAAAGGUCGAUCGCAAGAAGAUGGGCAUCGAUGUGUCCACCGUCGAACAGGAGAUGUCUGAGCAGGCUGCUGAAGCCGACCAGGCACGCAAGAUCUCUGCCGAGGAGGAGGAAAAGAUCAAGCUCACUGCCUCUCGCCCGGAUGUCUACGAGCUGCUGGCCCGCUCCUUGGCUCCCAGUCUUUACGAGAUGGAUGAUGUGAAGAAGGGCAUUCUACUGCAACUAUUUGGGGGUACCAACAAGACUUUCCAGAAGGGUGGUAAUCCUCGCUACCGUGGAGAUAUCAACAUUCUCCUCUGUGGUGAUCCUUCGACCGCCAAGUCACAGCUGCUGCGCUACGUUCACAAGAUUGCUCCCCGCGGCGUCUACACCAGUGGUAAGGGUUCUUCGGCCGUCGGUUUGACUGCCUAUGUGACUCGUGACCCGGAGACUAAGCAGAUGGUUCUUGAGUCUGGCGCCCUAGUUUUGUCCGAUGGCGGUACUUGCUGCAUUGACGAGUUCGACAAGAUGAACGACGCAACCCGAUCCGUGCUCCAUGAAGUGAUGGAGCAGCAGACCGUAUCUAUUGCCAAGGCUGGUAUUAUCACAACUUUGAACGCGCGUACUUCCAUCCUGGCCUCCGCCAACCCCAUUGGCAGUCGCUACAAUCCCAGACUGCCUGUUCCCCAGAACAUUGAUCUUCCCCCAACCCUGCUCUCUCGUUUUGAUCUGGUAUAUCUUGUGCUUGAUCGUGUCGAUGAGACUGAAGAUCGCCGCCUGGCAAAGCACUUGGUCGGCAUGUACCUGGAGGAUGCUCCGGAAAAUGCCAGUUCUGAGGAGAUUUUGCCCAUUGAAUUCCUUACUGCCUACAUCACCUAUGCCAAGACCCAGAUCAACCCUGUUCUGACCCCCGAGGCCGGCAAGGCCCUCAUCGACGCCUACGUUGCCAUGCGCCAACUAGGUGACGACAUUCGCUCCCAAGAGCGCCGCAUCACCGCCACCACCCGACAGCUGGAAUCCAUGAUCCGACUUUCCGAGGCUCAUGCCCGUAUGCGCCUGUGCUCCGAGGUGACAGCCGCCGAUGUCGAAGAAGCCGUGCGUCUGAUUCGCUCGGCCAUUAAGCAAGCCGCGACUGACUCGCGCACGGGCCUGAUCGACAUGGGUCUAUUGACCGAGGGAACCAGUGCAAGUGAGCGCCGCAUGCGCGAAGAUCUUAAGCGCGCAGUGCUGGCUCGCCUUGAUGAGCGCGGUGGCGUUAGCGGUGCUGCUGUCCGGUGGUCCGAGUUGUUCCGCGACAUGGGAGAGCAUAGCGACACAGCAAUUGAUCACAACCAAUUUAAUGAUGCCGUUCGCUCGUUGGAGGCGGAGGGUGCGGUGCACAUUUUGGGCGAGGGUGUUCGACGGAGUAUCCGCCGUGCCGCGCUCGGCAUGUCGUGA